UAAAUAACACACGCAUCAAUUCAUAAUUCCAGUUGCAAAAUAAAAGAUCUGCAGAGAAUUAACACACAGUCAGUGUGUGUGUGUGUUUUUUUUUUUGGUUGAACAUAUAUAUAUACAUGUCGAGUUCAAGGAAUUUUCCCGAUGGCCGGCGGCGAGAGAAGGCGGCGCCGGAGAAGACGAAUUUCGCACAAACUUGCAAUCUUGUAAGCCGUUAUAUCAAGGAAAAAGGUAGUCUCAGAGAUUUGAACUUCGAAAUUGGUGGUAAAGUGGAGAGCCUCGAAGAUUUAGUUUCGGUGAAGCCUGCUGCAUCAGCUUCUACAACGAACGUACUUCCAAAUAAGGGAAAAUCGGCUCAGCCUUCAUCGGAAAAGCAUACAUCUUUGCGUUCUUCGAUUAUAAUUGUGGAAGACGACUCCAACGAAGCUAGCACAAGAGAGGAAACAAGAAAGGUGGCCAAGAAUGCACAGUUGACCAUUUUCUACUCCGGAAAAGUAUUGGUAUUCGAUGAUUACUCCGUCGACAAUAUUCGAGAACUUGUGUCGGUUGCUAAGAAGGGUAGCUCCAAAAUGUCCUACGGCAUUUUGUCGACAAACACCUUGCAACAAAAACCGAACCCCGGCAGUUUGAGAGAGGGGCUUCCGCCGAGGCCUCAAGCUGGCAAUUCGUUGAACAUUUGCAAGGAGAAGAUAAAUUCUACCGCCGAUCGUGACGUGGCAUCGACUUCGAUAUCAAACGAACAACUUUCCACACAAUCUGAUGCUAAUGGUUCUGAUUUGCCAAUUGCAAGAAGAUCAUCAGUUCAUAGGUUCAUGGAGAAGAGGAAAGAAAGGGCUGUUAUGAGGGGACCUUAUCAAAAUCAAGAACAACGGCCUACUUCUUCUUCAAAGGGUGAUCAACAAUUUGAUCUCAAUACUUAGCCAUUUACUUCUGCACUGCAAUAAAAGAUUAGGGUUUAUAUUAAUUGUUGUAUCAUGUAUGAUUUUCAUUUUUCAUAUUUUUCAUUGGGAAAUCUCUUGCAAGUGAUGUUUAAUUUACGGAAUUUCUUAUUCUCGUGAAAUAGUCCGUAAACCACAUAAAAGAUGUAAACUGUAAUCAACAAACUCAAGUUGCAAAAUACCGCGUCACCUUACUU